AUGGAAGGAUUUAUACUCCUUAACUGGACCUCAGUGACCGAAUUUGUACUGGUUGGCCUUUCCAACAAUUCUGAGACCCAACAGGUUCUGUUUGCAAUCUUCCUGGUGGUGUACCUGCUGAUUUUGGCUGGGAACUUACUCAUCAUAAUCACUAUCAUGCUGGACCAGAACCUCCAUACCCCUAUGUAUUUCUUCCUGAGCAACCUCUCUUUCAUUGAUAUCUGCCACUCCACUGUCACUGUGCCCAAGAUGCUGGCUGAUUUCCUGUCAACCGAGAAGACCAUCUCGUUUGGAGGUUGCAUUGCUCAGAUGUUCUUCCUUCACCUCUUUGCUUGCACCGAGAUCUUUCUCCUCACCGUUAUGGCCUACGAUCGCUAUGUAGCCAUCUGCGACCCCAUGCACUAUCUCAAUGUCAUGAACCAUAAGGUCUGUCUGCUCUUGGCGGUCACCAUCUGGGUUGGUGGUACUAUCCACUCCCUUGCUUUGAUUGGCAUGACAAUCAGACUCCCCUACUGUGGCCCGAAGGUGGUGGACAACUUCUUCUGUGAUGUUCCUCCAGUCAUCAAGCUUGCCUGCACUGACACAUAUGUCAUUGAGGUCCUGAUUGUGUCCAACUCAGGCCUGAUUUCUGUGGUCUGCUUCGUGGUGCUGGUGGUCUCCUAUGGUGUCAUCUUGGCCUCCCUCCGUACCCGUUUGGCGGCAGGUCAACACAAGGCUCUUUCCACUUGUGCUGCGCAUUUGACAGUGGUGACUCUCUUCCUGGGACAUUGCAUCUUCAUUUACUCCCGUCCUUCCACAAGUUUUGCAGAGGACAAAGUGGUGUCAGUUUUCUUCACGGCUGUGACUCCGUUGCUCAACCCCAUUAUCUAUACUUUAAGGAACGAGGAUAUGAAACGAGCCCUGAAUAAAUUGCUUGGCCGGAAGGUAGAGACAGAGAAGUGA